AUGCCUCGUAUUAAGAAAACAUCCAAUCGUGGCUCUUCGUCUGGGAGGGAUGAACAAAAUCUUGACAAAUGGCUUGUUGCUCCCCAAGCUAAGCUUCAUUACCAUGCUUCCCUCGACACCAUAGACCCCAUUCUAGUGUGCACUAGGCUUCAAAAUAUUAAAGGAAAAGUUACAUCCCUUGAUCAGCACAUCACUCACAUUGAGAAGUAUCAUACUAGAUCUUCUAGGGGAGGUGAUCCCAUGGAUAUUAGCUCCACCCCUCAAAAUGAAGAUGAUGGUUCUGAUGAAGAAACUGACGACAAUGAAGAAGGUUCUGCAGAAGAAGGCGACCAGGAAGAAGAAGCAGGCUCUGAAGAAGAAGGAGGCCAAGAUGAAGAAGAAGAAGAAGGACAAAAAGACGGCUCUAAUGGAGAAAGACAGGAUCAUUAG